GGCCGGGCUUCACACAGCCAGCAGACAUGAUGGCAGUGGGAGAACUGGUGCUGGUUCUGGGUUUACUGGUGAGCGCUCACUGUGAGGUGAGAGCGCGGGACCCUGAGGUGGAGGAAGAGGAGGAGGGAGGAAGAGGAGGAAGAGGAGGGUUUGUGACGGAGACUCUCCUGCCAGCAGGAACUGGGAUUUCUCCAGUCAGAACCGGGAACUGGUGUGCCUUUGUGAGGAAGAGUAUGCAGCUGGUGGCUGAGGGGUGUAAAACACGGAGACAGGUCCAGAACCAGAACCAAAGUCCCUGUCCCCGCGAGUCACCCGGCUGCCAGAGGGCCACGUACCGGUUGCGGCCCGGCUGCCAGAAGCAGAAAGAGGUCACGACCUUGGUGUGGCGCUGCUGUCCGGGUCACGAAGGUCCAAACUGCGACCAGGAAGGUGACCCAGCUGGACUUCGGCGCCGGGCCGACCCGGACCGGGAGCAGAACGACCAUCAGACGACCUUCACCGACCCCUACGACCCGCAUGGCUCCGCCCACCCAGGAAACCCCCCCACUCACCACCACCACCCGGUUUACCACCAGAACCAGAACCGGCUGCCGCCUGGGAGCCCGUCUCAGGUCGUAGAGGGCGUGGUUCUGCCUUACCCAGACGUCCCUGCAGCCCUUCCUGUCCCUGACAUGAUGGCGCUGGUCCUGUCCCAACUGCACCCCAUCCUGGAGGGCUUCAACCGCUCUCUGGAGCGCCUCCUUCACCAUGUGGGGGCACUAUCUCAAGACGUAGCGGAGAUGAAGGUCAGCCGGCGGGGAGUGGAGCUCCAGGAAGAGGAAGAUGCCGAGGAGAAGCUGGAAUCCAAACUGGAUGAGAUGUACCAGGAGAUCGGGAACAUUCGCAGGCAGAUCCAGGAAUGGCGCAGAGACACAGAGAGCAGACUGAACUCCCAGCACGACGAGCUGCAGCUCAACCUCAGCAGUUUCAGGGUGGAGGUGGACCAGGAACUGAAGCAGCAGCAGAAGGUGCUGCAGGUCCACCUGCAGGCCCUGAACGCAACACAGGCUGGAAUGAAGUUGGACUGGAACCGGACCCCUGAGGACCACCAGCUCUCCCCCCAACGCCCAGCUGACAACACGGCCCUGUGGGACGCCAUCACACGUCUGGACAACAUGGUGGUCAACAACACCGUCAAGGUGGAGGAGCUGACGGAGGACCUGGAUAUCACUUCAGCCGACGCCCAGCAGAUGGCGCUGCAGCUCAAGAAUCUGGAGAAGCUGAUCAACCAGACGGCACGGAAAAGCCAGAUUCUGUUCAUGGAGACGGGUCUGGAGGUGGAGAAGUCCAAGGUGACGGUGGAGCGGCUGGUGGAGCAGCUGGUGGAGAACUUGACGCGCUACGAGAAGGACCUGCGGGAGAACACCAAGGACGUGGACAACCUGUACAAGGAUUUCCACAACCUCAACCCGACCAACGACUGCAAAUGCGGCGACCUGAAGGCUGCGGUGGCUCGCCUGGAGAGAGGCGUGGCCAAUGUCACACAUCUGGCCAAUCAGAACAGGCUGGAACUGGAGGAGAACAGCGAGGUGGGCGGGGCUUCUUGGGGCGGAGUCGGUGACUGGGAGCCGGCGGUGGAGGCGCUGCAGGCGGAUCUGGAGCAGGUGAAACAGUCCGUGGCCUUGGAGCAGAACAGAACCAGAACCUUGGACCUCGGGCUGGCCCAGCUCAGCAGGUCAGUGUCGGCGCUGCAGGACGAGGACGUCCAGCUGGACCAGCAGGUGAAGACGCUGUCCACGUCCUUCCAGUCGCUGCUGCAGGACGCCAUCCGGCACAGCGACGUGCUGCAGCUGCUGCUGGGUGAGGAGGUGCUGGAGUUCCUGGAGUGGCCCCUGCAGGACCAGGAGGCCCACUCCGUCCCCGCCCUGCAGGAGCAGCUCCGCCGGCUGCAGGAGCGGCUGAGGAGCCGUGAGGAGGCGGAGCUACAGGAUCCAGGAGCAGGAAGCAGAGAGGAGAUCCCCGCUGCUGACCAGCCCCUCUGGCCCCCUGCUGGCCGCCGGGGGAACAGCGGCGCUCCGCUCAGGGAGAACCAGCGCCUCCUGCAGGCGGAGCGGAGAGCUGCAGACAGCCUGCGAGACCUGGAGAGGAAGGUGGAGCAGCAUGAGCAGAGGCUGGUCCUGGCAGAGGAGCGGAGCUGCUCCUGCAGCAGCAGCGUGGCGCCCCCUGCAGGACGGGAGGCGGCGCUGCAGGAGGAGGUGCUCCGGCUGCGGAGGGGCCUGGAGGAACACCUGAAGGUCUUCAAGAACGUCUUCAGCAACACUGAGUUGCUGGCGGCGUCCGGACACACGCUGCAGCUGGACCGACUGCUGGAGCUGACGAAGAGGAGGGACAGAAAGAGAGGAGGAGGAGGAGGAGGAGGAGGAGAAGGAGAUGGAAGAAGAAGAGGAGGAGAAGGAGGAGGAGGAGAAAGAGGAGGAAGAAGAAAAGGAGGAGAAGGAGGAGGAGGAGAAAGAGGAGGUCAGCGCAGUCGGAGGGAGUCACCAGGUGAGCCGAUCCCAUCCAGCCAAUCAGGCGUCUCUGUGCUGUUUGUGGGCGGAUCGGGCAGAACCGUCAGGUUUGGACCGGGUCAGAACUCCAGACUCUUCACAGCGCCGCUGGAUGGACUCUACCUGUUCAUCCUCACCGUGGACCUGAGGCCUGGCUCCGCCCACAUCCUGCUGAGGCGGGGCCAGAAAGGGGGCGGGGCUCCGGUGACGCUGCUGCAGCGGCAGGUGGAGGGGGCGGGGCCUGUGAGCGGGUUGGGGCUCCUAAUGCUCCAGCAGGGGGAGCAGGUGAGGCUGCAGGUGAGGGCGGAGUGGGCGGAGUCAGAGAGCAACCUGCUCGCCGUGCUGCUACUGCAGCCAACCACCUGAGGGCGCUGCGCACCAAUCAGCUGCAGGGGGCGGAGCCUCCAGACAUUGGCACUUUAGAGACGGACAGAAGAUUCAAAGGAAAUGCUUUCUUAUGGAGCAAUAUUCCUGCCAUAAUCCAAGAGAACACAUUUUCAUUUUGAAAGCAGGACUUCAUGUCUUCUCAAAACGUCUCCUGGUGCUCACACUUCGACUCUGACUUUUGGCACAGUCGCCUGGCAACCUCUCAGCCAAUAGAAUGAAAGGGUUGUGCGUUUGUUCUCUACUAGCAGGUGUGCCUGUGUGGCGGCUAUCGAUUGUAGCAACCUGCACCGCGUUACAAGUUUUCAGAACAAAAGACAUGAAAUUCUGCUUUCAGACUGAAAAUCUGUGCUCCAAGAUUAUGGCAGAAAAAUUCCUCCAUACAUUUUCCUACAGACCAUGAACGCACCAUAGUGAACCAGGCGCUGCCUUCAGGGCCUCAUGGAUAGAGAAAGAUAAACUUUCACAAUGAAACACAGAAAUUUGUUAGGUUAGAAAAUAUUUUUAGUCUAAACUCGGCAACAACUCGAGAAGUUACUUUAAAAAUCUGUUUUUAGCCAAGUUAAUAAUUUGCUAAUUUAAUAGUUGAAUAAAAAGUUUCUGGAUGUUUUAUAUUAAAAUCAAAAACACAGAUCAUAAAAGAAAAAAUACUUUAUGUUGUCAACAUUUUUCAUUUAAGAUCCUGAAAACAAAAAGUUUUCAUCAGCUUCACUUAGGAACAAACUGCAGGCAGGGAUCAAAUUUAAUUAUUAGAAAAAGCAAUAAACAGCUGAAACUUUACAUAUAUUAUAUAUAAAUAAUAUAAAUUAUUGAGUUUGAUUAUCAGUUUUGGUUCUUUAUAAUUUAUUGACUGAAAAAGUAGCGAGAAAAAUGUUAAUACAUAUUUUCACACUGCAUUAAUUUUUGUACAUGCUGAGUUGUUAAUAAUUUCCCCAAAUUUAUCCAUGAGGCCAGAAGCUUCCUGCUGUUUCCAUAUGAAAUUAUUGCUUUUAAUGAUAUUGUAUAUAAUUAUAUGAUAUAUCCAGUAUUAUUGAAGUGAUGCUCUGAGUUCUGUAAAUAUGAUUUUAACUAAAGUAAAACUGCAGCUGUUAUUCAGAUGUAGGGACCAUGUUUCACCAGCAGAGGGCGCCGCCGCCUGGCGAGUUUUUAUGUCAGAUUUGAAUAAAGAUUAUCAUUAUUA